UUCAGUGUACUGCAGUAAACAAACGACGACAGUUUUAAGCGCUCAGUUUAUUCGGUUUAUUCCGUUUAUUCCUUUUCGUGCUUCAACUAGAACUUGAUUGUUAAAAUAUUUCGAUUGAAAAUUCAAAUACACUAAACAUUCGAGAUAGUUUUCCUAAUUCUAAGCAAACAUGAGAUGUGUCAUACCUGGAUGUAGAAGCGAUGAAUCGGUUUCGCUGCAUAGAAUCCCCAAUAAAGAAGCCAUGCGGGAACGCUGGUUCAACUCGAUAAAUAAAGCAUUGGGCGGAGGGUUUGCCAAACUCUGCCCAAACUUCGAUAAAGGACGUAUUUGUGCAAAGCAUUUCAAGCCAAGUUGCUUUUCCGCAUUCGGGACUAAAACCAGAUUAUUAAAUACGGCCAUUCCAACGUUGUUCGAAGACGAAGAGGGAAACUUAUUUGAAACUGAGUCAAAUAUUGGUCGAUUGGCUAACAAAAUGUAUCGAAUGCCACUCAAGCAAUCACUUCAUUGUGCCGUACAAGGAUGCGACCACGAUGGAAUUAAUUUCGAUGGCAUAACGUCACACAUGUUUCCGUUGGAUGUGAAGGAAUGCAAGGCCUGGGUACGGUUUGCGAACAAUGCAAACGCGAUCAAUCAAUACAUUGCGUUUGGUCCAGCAGGCGUUCGAAAGUGGCGUAUGUGCUCUCAACAUUUCGAGCUCAGUUGGUUCAAGUUCCCAAAUAAAGGUAGAACCUGCCCCUUAAAACCCGGCGCUAUACCGACAUUAGCCCCGCCACCAAGUGGCGCAACGCCAGCGCAAUUUGUGAGGCCCUCCGGAGCAUUCGGUCGUUUAUCAAACCCCAAGAUCUCUGCUCUAAGCAAGCCACAAGAGAAACAAUUUGUUGCGAAGGAUGGUGAAGUACUCAGAGUAACUUUCAAAUCUCACUCGCAACAAACGGCAGAGAAUGAUUUCAUGCCACCUUCUGUACCGGUACCAAUGAAGUACCGUGAUGCUUGCAGGUUAUGUUUCUCCACCGUCGAUUUGGAACCGCUUUAUUCUGGACUCAUUGUGGUACGUGAAGAGCUGCUAGACCGGAUCUACCUCAGCACAGGCGUUCUAAUCAUACCGAGGCCCAAGGAGUCGGCACACAUUUGCACUCGUUGUGCAGAAACGAUCAACACAUUUUUUACCUUUCGUCAGCAAGUGAACAGCAACAAUGUAUCGUUUCUCCAGAGAAAAACGACAGACGAUGCAAUCGCAAGACACAAGAUCAUGAAACAAGUACGGAAACGUCGGAUAAAUAUUCCUCCAACAGCAGUGCAACCUAAAUUGGAACGUAAAGCUCCUGAACCUUUACGGGUAGAAUUUGUAGCGAAGAAUACAGUGCCGAGACCACAACCAGAACCGAUACCGAACCCACUCGACUGUGAAGUGGAAAUCAAGCAGGAGCCAGAGGAAUGUCUUAUUGAAGCAGAUCCGGUGCAACUGAAUAUGACGGUUGAAGGAGAAACGCCCAGUGGAAAUUCAUCGAUAAUCACAGUGGAUCUCUCAGAAGAUCUGCCGGAACAAGUGAGCUGGACUUGUCAACACUGUAAUAAAAUAUUUCUUUUCAAGUUUGAAUGUGCUAAACAUCUAUUACAAGAGCAUCACGAGAAGGUUAGUGUUAUCAAAGCUCUGCUGAAUCUGGAUGAGUUAAAUACAAAUAUACUGGAAGUGAUGAGUGGUCAACUAUGAAGACAAUUGACACUUUACUAACUUAAAAACGAUUGAUUGUGUAAUCAAAAGUUGUAGAUUAAAAUCAAA